GGAGAUUUGGGUAGAGUAUAAAUAUGAAGGAGCUGGAUCUAGUACGCAUUUGUAGGUGAAUUCUAUCGAGUUUGUGAAUCUUUUCGUUUCUGGAGUUGGAAUUUAAACGUUGGUAGAAUCUAAAUCAUCAUGCGUGCCCAAAUUAUUGCUAUUCUUUUGGUUGCUGUCUUCAGCUGCGAGGCUACUUACCUACCCGGAAGCUAUGGUUUGGGUGGAGCCAACUAUGGAGCACCAGGAUUAGGCUAUCCUUCAAGUCCAGUAUUGAAUGCUGUUUCUCCGUAUACCAAUGGUUUGCCCUACAACACUGCUGGAGCAGUAGCUUACGUUGUUCCUUCGGGCUAUGGCAACUACAUAGUGGUCAGCGAUGCCGCUGCUUCUCCUUAUGGUUCAAACUACGCAGUGGCUGGUCCCGGAUACGGUGUUAGCCCCAAAACUGCCGGCUAUGCUUCUCCUUAUGGCUAUGCAUACGGAUCCAAUUUGGGAGCAUACGGAAAUCUCGUCUACCCAGUUAAAAAAUGAAAAGGAAAAGAUGUUGUAUUCUGAAAUUUUCUUUGAAGACAAUGUCAUCGCUAAUGUGAGAAAAACUGCCGCAGGAGCUAUUCCAAGAUCUGCUUUGAACAUAUCUGGGAAUAAGGCGUGAAUUUUAUGGGCUUUUUUUAAAUUGUAUUUUAGUUAUAUUGUACAAGGCAAUAAAAAAUUUUUUUU